AUGUACUCGCUCCACUACUCGCUCCCGCUCCUCGGCGUCGUCCUCCUCGCCGCGUUCGUCGCCUGGCACUACCGCCACCUCUACGUCGACCGCCUCCCACGCUCCGUCUCGUCCCGCCUGCGCUACUACGCCCCCUUGACCACCUUCGAGGACGCCGCAGAGCAAGGCUUCUCGACCUCGCACUUUGACCUGUCGGCCAACCUCGGCGGCGACUCGCGCGCCGGCCUCGACGAGCGCACCCUCACCGACAUCCGCCGCAUCAUGGAGCGCGAGAACGUCGGCUUUGACGAGGCGAGGGCCAUCCACACGACCCGCAUCUUCCGCAAGAACGGCGUCGACGCCAACGGCUUCCCGAUAGAUCCCAAGGCCAUCACCUCCCUCUCCUGAUCGUCCACCUCUCCCCAUCUCUGCCUUCGUCCCGCCGUGCCUGUUGUGCUUCUCGUCAUCCGUCCUCGACCGCAAUUCAGUCCCGCCGCCG